AUUCCCAUCGGAAGAGGGGAGGGGAGACGUGGUGCUGGUGGGUCCCAGCCUCUGCAUCCAGCUGGUGCGUCGCUCCGCAGCAGUAGCGCGCCACACUCACCAUGGCUGUAGCCGCAAGCAGGACGCUCUUGGCGCUAUUUCUUACGUUUUGCGCACCAGGGUGCGGAUGGACAGCAGAGAAGCCCCUACGGCCACACAAUGGAAAACAGACUUCUGUGGAUAAGGGCCUGAAGGAAAGCUGGGAGCCUUCUAUUCAUCUGGAUGGAAGACCUGUGGACCGCUUCAUCAUCAACGCCAACAAACCCACGAGGUCUCACCGCUUCACAAAAGUGGUGAAGAACAGUCACUCUCCUCUACUGGAGGAUGUAGACCCUGAAUGGGUUAACCUGGAUGGCUUUGCUGUGUUGGGCGGUGCACCUGUCAGCAACACAUCAGCAGGUCCAGCCAGGUCUCCACAAACUGCUGCCAGAAAACAGCCCCCGUUACAGCGGACCACCAGGGUGGACAGAACAGCUCACCCAUUAGGCGUGUCUAAGACACGGACACACAGGAGGGCCCCUCAGUCCUCCUCAGGUCCCAGGCAGCCCGAGAGAGCUUUGGCAGGAGUUCCCCCGCUGGAAAGGAGACGCCAACACCACAUCAAGCCUCAAUCUGACCAGAGAAACCGAAACACACAAAAACUAACAUCUGAGUCCGUUCAUGUGGUGUCACUGCAGGCAAAAAAAGCCCAGGGCCAGAGCGCAGCCGCCAGCAGAGCAGUUGCAACCAAAACAACCACACCAGUGCCACCGGAGUACGAGGCCCGGGACAUCAGUGUCAGGGUCAUGUCUCCUCAGUCGGUCCUUAUCUCCUGGGUUGACCCUGCUGUUGAGAUGGGGAAGGUCGGACCCGGGGUAAUAAGAUCCUACACAGUAAGGUACAGGGAGAAGGGUGAGUCAGCACGCUGGGAGUACAAGGACAGCGCCCAGAGGAGGAUAAUGAUAGACUCCCUGUGUGCUGAUGGCAUGUAUGAGUUCUCUGUCAGAAUAUCACAGGGAGAAAAUCAGGGAAAGUGGAGCGUCUCCGUCUUUCAGAGGACCCCUGAGUCAGCACCAUCUGGGCCACCAGAGAACUUUGAGGUCAAGCCACUACGAGGCAAAGGAACCGCUGUAAUAGCAACAUGGGAUCCACCUGAAGAACCCAAUGGGAGGAUAAGAGAGUACACCCUGUCUUAUGCUCCGGCUAUGAAGCCAUUCGGAAUGAAAAGUGUGACGUACCGUGGCACCACAGCCACCAUAGAUGGUCUCACACCAGGAGAGCGGUACAUCUUCAAGAUUAGAGCCACCAACAGGAGGGGUCAAGGACCACAGAGCAAGGUCCUCAGUGUUAUCAUGCCAAGAUCCAGUAGAGCUGCCUCUUCGUUCUCAAAAACCGAGGACAACAGCAGGACUAGCCAAACUCUUUCCAAAACGGAUGUUGACCCUGAUGAACCUGACCUUCAGUCAACAGAAGAACCCACCAUGCCCCCUCAGCCACGCCCUGCCGCACCUGUCAACGGCCGUGUGCGCCCACUUUCCCAGUCACGGUCCUAUCACAGCAUCUUCUCCUCUGUAAGGGGAUCAGUCAGAAAACCAGUGAACAGAUUGUCUUCCAGAGGAGAAGCUCAAAAUAGAGAAGAUAAGGAGGUAGAAGAAGAGAAAAAAACCACAACACCAUCUCCGGUAGAAGAGACAACAACCAUGGAGGUUGUACCGGAGAUAAAAGAACCAGACAACAAUGUUCCCCCUGAAUUUGAAGAUGAAGUGGGAUAUGAUGAAAAGCCUCUGACUACUGAGACCCCCAGUCUCAAAGUUUUAACGCCCUCCCCAACCAAACCUCGUCCCAAUCCACCACCCAGAAGGCCCAUUAAGAUCAGGGUUCAUCAAAAACCAGUUUCCAAGGCUGCUUCUUCCUCUUCAUCUUCUUCUACUUCAUCCUCCUCACAUACUUCCUCCUCUUCUUCUGAUUCCUCCUUAUCCUCUACAUCUUCUAGAACCUCAGCAUCCUCACAAAUUCAAGAGUCUGCAGCCAGUAGAAAAGACUAUGUGGCUUCCACAUACCCAGAGAGCAAGGAAAUCUAUGAUAGGCCUAGGUUAACACAUACAAAACCCUCCUCUACAGUUGUAAAAGAAACCAAUUUACAGCAGACAGACGAUACAUCUGUUGGUAGAGGUUCUGCUUCAGCGGGACGCACCAACGGGUCAGGGUUAGGCUCUAAAUAUGGUUACAUUCGAAGACGUCCUGGAAUUUUGUUCAGAGGGAAUUCCACUCGAACGCUGAAUGGUUACAAACCAGCUGUCACCUCACAGUCAAAUUUACCAAGCAGGACUUUGAACCCAGCAACUUCAAACACACGUAGUUCAGCAACAUCACAGUCCACUUUACCAGACAGGACCCCAAACCAUGUAACAUCACUUUUUUUCAAUUCAGCAACAUCCAGGUCCCCUUCAGGAAGUGGAACCCACAGCCAGGCAACAUUAGAUGCAUAUAAUGUUGACAAAUCACAAUCAACAUCAGGGUCUAGGUCUAAAGACUCUACAUCUUUGCAGAGCUCAGACACCAAUCCAUCCACUUCACAGAGCAGCUCAAACCACCCAUCCAAAACAGACACAGCAGGCUCUUCUCAAUCAACUUCACACAGAGGAUCUCAUAUCUCUGCAACUUCACAAAACAGACAGAGUUUGCAUACAUCACUUGAGCGAGACACAACAUUCAGGGAGGGAAAUGAUGACAGUAAUUACAAAAGCCCAGACACACAAGUUACCAAAGUUAAAGAGCCUUCUUCAAGCUCCAUACCACAACCCACAGAGGAGAGAGGGAGGGAAGAGAAAGAGGACGAAGAGGGAACGGCGAUGAGAAGUAAUGAAAAAUCAGUCAUUCCUCGUACUGGAAUUAGCGCCUCAUUUGCUGAAAGGUUCCCUUGGCUAGCAAGCCGUUACCCAGGCAAGUUUAGUCAAGGGACAAGAGCUUCAUCGUCCAGGCAUGAUGGUAGGACCUCCAUCAGGAGGACACCCACAAGGGUUUCAGGGGCCACAGGUGCUGCAGGAGUAUCCAUAAUACAGCCGACUAGUAAAGAUCUGAAGACUGACAACUUACUACAGAAUGGGGUGGGAGUGGGUUCAGUUAAGCCUUCUUUCACCAAUCAAAAUACUGCAUCUAGUGACACUAGAAACCUUGUUACCUCAUCCUCUUCAUCAUCUUCCUCUUCAGCAGCCACUUCUUCAAACACUGAUUCCCAUCAUUCCUCAGGUGGACACAGAGACUCAAGUGAGCAUGUUCAUAGAGGAACCUCUAAUGACAAUGAUGAAGGUCAUAAUGAAGAUUAUCUCAAUGAGAGGAGUAGAAACAUCACUGGGAAAAAUGAUAAAGUUGCAGACACCACAGCGGCCCAAAAGAAUCCUACUCUACCUCUAGCUGACCCUAACAGAAAGGUAGAGGAAAAUGAUAGUGUGGAUACAAGGGAAUCUUAUUCUAGGACAAGACCUGGCUCACCGUCUGGAGGCACUCAACCUUAUCGUCGUUCUAGUAUGGGAGUGAACGGUAAGGUGCGCUCUCCUCUGCUUGCUAACAGGCCGUUUGGUGGAUCAAGGCUUUCCAUCAGACCACAGCCAGCACAGAACUCCACGCUGGAUUCUUCAAAGUCUGAUCCCUCCUCCUCAUCAUCUGACUCCUCUCCUUCCUUAAAUGUGCCCCAGCCAGUUUUGACCUCAGAUCGUGUUAUUGGCAGUGGCACUACUGUGACAAAGACAGGCGGAUUAAUUGGAGGCAACUCCCAGUCUAUAUCAUUGUCCACAGCAUCUUCAUCUAGAGACAACUUUAGGGGCCAGGGGAGAAGGUCUCGCUAUCCCAUCGUUAGAGGGAAACCAACCAAUGGAGGACAACCCAAGCCUGCCAUUGGAAAUGGUAAAAAUGGAAGACCCAACCUGACAGCAACAAGUGAUAAAGAGACCUCAUCCUCUCAUGGAACCAGCAAGGCCGUACCUCAAAGGUUUAUAACCGGACCUGAUGGAACCAAAUGGGUGGUAGACUUGGAGAAGGGGGUUCUUAUGAACCAGGAUGGACAAAUUCUCCAGGAUUCCCGGGGCAUACCUAAGAGAGUGGUGCUUGGAGAAGAUGGACGCACGAUUUUUGACCACAUGGGCAGUCCCCUGCUAAACCAGGAUGGUAUGGCUCUGUUUGGUCACGGCAGAGACAGCCAGCCUGUGGUUAACCCCAAAGAGAAGGUCCUCAUGAUUGGAGGGAAACCUGUACUUGGCUUGGACCUUCCUCGCCUCAAGUCCACCACCACCACCACCAUGGCUCCUACCACCACACCUGAACCCACCACCACCGAGUGGAUCAUAGAAGAGUCCACUACUGCACUACCAUACCCAACCUGUCCACCUGGAACCUUUUCCAAAACAGAUGAAUAUGGGUAUCCAGUGCUGGACACAGAAGGAAUAUUGGACUGUUAUCCAGAAGAGGAAUCCUCAGGAAUGGAAAUGGACCACAUGGUUUCAGUGACCAUGGUGCCUGAUGCUUUAGCUCUUGAGAAAGAUGAGCUUUUUGGCCAGACCACUCUGCCACCCACGACUACCAGCACUACAACCACCGCCACAGAACUACCGACUCCGGAGCCAGACACCAGACCCUCCAACCACGGCCCGUCAUCUGAGUUUGACCUCAGUGGGAAGAAGCGAUUCACAGCUCCCUAUGUGAACUACAUCCGGAAAGACCUGGCUUCUCCUUGCUCCUUGACGGAGGCUCUGGAGUAUCUUCAGGUCGACGUCCUAGAAGACCUGAUAGAGAAGGACAGCGUUUCAGCCAAUCAGAAUCAACCUCCCAAGAACAAGCCUCAUAACUUCACCGUCGUCGCCAUGGAGGGCUGCCACUCAUUUAUCAUCCUGGACUGGGGCCGCCCACUGAAAGAUGAUAUGGUGUCAGGCUACAUGGUCCACAGUGCUUCAUAUGACGAUGUCCUCAACAAUAGAUGGUCCUCUCGACCCGCCAGCGGGACACAUCUGCCUGUGGAGAAUCUCAAACCCAACUCUAGGUACUACUUCAAAGUGCAGGCCAAGAAUGUGUUUGGUUUGGGACCCGUCAGUGAUACACUCACCUAUGUCACCGAAUCAGACGAUCCUCUUCUCAUCGAAAGACCGCCUGGUGGAGAACCAAUCUGGAUCCCCUUUACCUUCAAGUAUAAUUCAGCCCACAGCAGCUGUAAAGGCAGCCAGUACGUCAAGCGGACAUGGUACAGGAAGUUUGUGGGUGUGGUUUUGUGUAACUCUCUGCGAUACAAGAUCUUCAUGGGAGAUGGUCUUCGAGAGCCCUUCUACAGCAUAGGAGACACAUUUGGCCAGGGAGACGACCAUUGCCAGUUUGUGGACUCCUACAGGGACGGAAGGACAGGUCCGGCCUACCUCUCAAAUAAUCUGCCCUCAGCACAAGGGUUUUAUCGCGCAUACAGACAGGAGCCAGUUUCAUUUGGAGUUAUUGGCCGUCGCACACCCCAUCCAUUCGUGGGCUGGUAUGAAUGCGGGGUGCCCAUCCCUGGGAAGUGGUAACACAGGAGGAGUAGGAGACAUUGUUACCGAGGGCAACCCUUCUGCAUCCUGCAGCAGGCUCUUACCUUCACUGGUCUUGCCCUUAAAAAAAGACUUUUUCCUGCCACAAUGACACCACUAUGAAUUUAUUACAGCUUCACAAAAAGAGAAUAUAGUACUUACUGUUACUGUUUAUCAUUACAAUGCACUUUUUAUAUAAAGUAGUCUGUAUAUGAGGGGGAAAAAAAGCAUGUGUGCUCUUGCUUAGUGUAACUCUUGUCUUAAAGUGUCCUUGUACCUUAUCCCCGCUAUCCCAGAGACAGGUCCUCACCCAGUGUUAUUUAUCUCAUCAAUAAUGCACAGACACUGCCAUACCAGUAACAUUGGACCAAAGCACAAGCUGCAAAUCGAAGUGUAAGAAUGGGCACUCAAGGUGUGUAUAGGUCUGUUAAUUUUCUAUCGUGAGAUUUGUAUUUCAUAAUGUAACAGCUUCUGACAGCUGCUUUUUGUUUUUUUUUGUGUGUUCUUAAACCAUCAAACUGUUUGUUUGUGUUUAACACCUUUUGGUAUUCACCAGAAUUCAUUAAAAGUUACUGUGUAAGUUUUGUAAUUAUAAAGACAAAGAAUAAAAGAUCAAAUAUUUGCUCAGGAAUUGUGAGAGAUUGAAUAAAGGUGUUAUGGAAACC